AUGAAGAUUCGUAUCAUCAGCAAUAUUGGCCCACGCGAGGUACCACUGAAGGGUGGUGAUUCCAUUGCAGAUGUGAUGGCUGCAAAAGAACUUUCAGGUUUUCAGGUGAUUCUUCCCGUUUGCAAGGAUCGUCAGCUGAAGGAACCACUGUCUGAAAAAGUCUCCCUUCAGAAACAAGGUUUGGAAGAUAACUCCACCAUUUACUGCAAGUUUGACCUGAAAGUGAAGGAGAAAGAAGAAAAGUCGAAUAUGGGUGGACCCGUUUCAUCAGACAUCAAAUCUUCAGCAGUCGCGAAAACUGACAAGAGAUCUUCUAAAACUGCUGGCAAACGCACACCACCCAUUUCCACCAACAAUUUGGACGUUUUAUCUCCAAUGCACGUGAAACCAACAAUGGUCAUCCGUAAACGAUCAAGCAUACCCAGUGUGGACAAGCUCCUCUUCUCACCUCCACCGCCAAAUAAGGGUGACAAACUCGAAGCAACAAAAGCAUCGGUGCCCAAACUAUCCAUGAGAAUGGGCAUGGACAUGGACGGUUUUGAUGGCAUUAUGAAUAAUACUAGCGCCAAAACAGAAUCGGCAUUGUCACCGUUGAGGAUGAAGCCCAUGCCAAUGUUGCGCAAACGAUCCCAAAGUCAGUCCUCAGAGGUGGACGACUCCCUUUUCUCUCCAACUGGCAAAAUUGGCAGUAGCAAAAAGGCCCGGCUUGAGCCUCUCCCUACCCCACCAAGUGUCUGA